UUAGCUCCUUUGCUCUUACAGAUGCUUGUUAGCUCUUUGCAUUCUGUGGCUUGUGGCUGCAUCACCCGGGUCUUCAAGGCCAACAUCAUCAAAUCUUUGUCAUGUCUGUGUGCCUAUCUCCUUUCCUCAGUAUGACUGAAAUCUUCCAGUCCCUGCCUUUUGUAAGGACAAAUGAUCACAUUUAUGGCCCACCUGUGUAACUCAGUGUGAUCUUGUCAGGUGAGGCUUAAUGCGCUGGCCAAGCUUUCCUCUGGUUCACAUAUGAAUGUUGACAGUGUAUGUAGUAACUACCAACUGCAUUUCUCCCAGAUGGCUGUAGCCUGAAACUGCACCCUGCCAGAGAACUACAGGGAUCGGUUAACCCUGCCUCCUUGUUACGCUGUUUACCAUAAGCCCACCUUUUCACUCGAUACCUCUUUAACUCAGCCAAAAUAAACACUGAGGUUUGGGCUGCUGUCUUUGCCCUCCACCAGAGAAAGCACAACCCACCUGACCCCAGCCUUUCUGGAAAUGCAUCUUUGUGUCUUUCCUUCCCAUUCUCCAUUCCCUUGUCACCUCACUCGGGUUUCUAGAGCCAAGCCAUGCUGGGCAUAGCAUGUUUCAUUGUGAAGUUGACACUCGAUGUUCUUAUGAUGACCAUUACUGUCAGUUUGUCAGGAUUUAGAACCACCAUGGGAAUGAACUCCUGGCAAAUCCAUCUGGGAAUUUCUACACUGGGCCAAUCAAAGUUGGAAGACCCACCCUGAAGGCAGGUGACAUCAUUCUGUGGGCUGAUGUUCCAGACUGAAUAAAAAGGAACACUUGAGCUGAGUACACCAUUCACCUCUCUCUGCCUGACUGGAUCCUGAAGCUGCCUCAAAGGCCUACACCAUGAUGGCUGUACCCUAGAACUGUGACCCAAAACCAACUCUUCCUUCUUUAAGUUGCUUUAAUUAGAUAUUUUGUUACAGCAACAUGUUGAAUAGGCACUGUCUCCUCAUUUAGCUCAGGUUCUACAGCAUCUGUGACUCUAACUUCCAGGACUGGCUUUCACUCUGGUCCACUGGGAUAAAAAAAAAUGUAACAUACUUUAUGCAAAAGAUGCUCUUUAAUAUUCAGAUUUAAAAUUGCCUGGGUCCCCAUGCUUUUGUUGCGUGACUGAAUCUCCCCUUUAGAAAUCUUUAAAUGAAAUGAAUGGCAGGCAACAAUAGAGCAGGUGCUUCCCUGAUGCCCGUGAAAUUGUGAAGGUCAACUCCAUUUGGUCACAAGUAAUCGGAAUUGUUACCGCUAAGAGGGACAAACGUUGUGGAGCUUUAGAUGGCAAUUACCCCAUAGGCUCAUAUGCUUGAAUGUUUAUAGUCACCAGUUAGUGGAACUCUUUGGAAAAGAUUAGGAGGUAUGGCCUUAUUUUGAAAACUUUGGGGUUCCAGAAGCCCACAGUAGGCCCAGUGUCACUUGUUUUCGCUGACUGCAGCUCUCUCUCUUGGGCUGCCACUUGUAGAUGAGAUGUGAGCUCUCGGCUGCUUCUCUAGCACCAAGCCCGCCUGCCUGCCGGCUGCCAUGCUCCUCCCCAUGAUGACGAUGGACUAAGCCUCUGAAACUCACCAUGUCCAAAGCAUCCCUCCUGCUGAUCUGGGCUGCCCUGGUACUGACCAAUCAUGUACAUGGAGCCAUUCUGAAAAACGAAGAUUCGUGGAAGCCACUGAGCAACCCCAGAAACAGAGAACUGUUUUUCAGAAGCCUUCAGGCCUAUUUUAGGGGCAGAGGACUUGAUCUUGGGAGACUUCCAAAUACCUUCUCCAUGAAUGAGGACCCCAGACCUCUCUCUUUGCAGGCAGAACAUAUCGCUUCUGCUUUUGCAGACUAUGAGGAGCACAAAAACUCCCUCUCCAAUUCCCACAAGGGCUGAAAGCCUCGGAGCCCAGGUGUCACCAUGUUACAGCUACAGACAAGCUUUUCAGUAGAAAAUUCUACUAUGGCUGAAGUCGUGUGUGUUUUCCCUUCCAUAUUAGUCGAAAGGUCUUUUUUGUACAUGUAAACAGUUGGACCUUUGGAACAUACAAUACUGACAUGCAUAUUUCAUGUAUUUUCCCCCUUUAUGACCAUAAUUAUUGAGUGGAAGAGUGCAUGUAUUUGAAGGAGUUACAAAAAUACCACAAGUGAAAUAAAAUGAUAAUUUUCCAAAUUA